CUCCGGCGGAUCGGACGGGGCGGGCGCCCCGCAGGCGGCGCAGUACCUUCCACCGCGCGCUCCCCGCACGAGUCUGGGGUCGUAGCCGCGAGCUCAUUCUGCCCCAGCGAAACAGCACUGCUGGCUGCCGACCAUCCAGGAAGAUGAGCGCUUGUGGGAGGAAGGCCCUGACCCUGCUGAGCAGUGUCUUUGCUGUCUGCGGCCUGGGCCUGCUGGGCAUCGCGGUCAGCACUGAUUACUGGCUGUACCUGGAGGAGGGCAUCAUCCUUCCCCAGAACCAGAGCAUGGAGGUCAAGAUGUCCCUGCACUCGGGCCUCUGGCGGGUCUGCUUCCUUGCUGGUGAAGAGCGAGGACGCUGUUUCACCAUAGAGUAUGUGAUGCCCAUGAACUCCCAGAUGACGUCAGAAUCCACAGUCAACGUGCUAAAAAUGAUCCGCUCAGCCACCCCGUUCCCACUGGUCAGCCUCUUCUUCAUGUUCAUCGGCUUCAUCCUGAGCAACAUCGGGCACAUCCGCCCACACAGGACCAUUCUGGCCUUUGUCUCCGGCAUCUUUUUUAUCCUGUCAGGCCUCUCUCUUGUGGUGGGCCUGGUGCUGUACAUCUCCAGCAUCAAUGAUGAGGUGCUCAACCGAACCAAGGAUGCGGAAGCCUAUUUCAACUACAAAUAUGGAUGGUCCUUUGCCUUUGCCGCCAUCUCCUUCCUCUUAACAGAGAGUGCUGGGGUGAUGUCUGUGUACCUGUUCAUGAAGAGGUAUACUGCCGAGGACAUGUACAGACCUCACCCAGGCUUCUACCGGCCACGGCUGAGCAACUGCUCCGACUACUCUGGCCAGUUUCUACAUCCGGACGCCUGGAUCCGUGGCCGCAGCCCCUCAGACAUCUCCAGCGACGCCUCCCUACAGAUGAACAGCAACUACCCAGCCUUGCUCAAGUGCCCAGACUACGACCAGAUGUCAUCAUCGCCCUGCUGAGCCCUGGCCUCCUCCCCGCCUAAACUUUGGAUGGCUGGACAGCCUUUCCCUUCCCCCCACCCUGAGCCGAGGCCCAGGCUGUUCCCUGCUUAGCCAUUGUUACUUGACCACAUCCCCUCCCUGCUCCGAGAGUAGCUGUUCCUCCAGUGGGCAUCAGAGCCUGGAGCCAGAGGCAGGCUGAUUGGCUGAGAGCAUGAGCCUCGAGAGUGCCAAUCAUAGCCAUGGGUGCCAGGAAGCCAGCAACACCCCAUGCUGCGCUGUGUUGGAAAAUGCCUGUGUUCUAGUUGUAUUUUGUUCCUUCACUUCCGGGUCAGCCAAGGCCAGGCUGUAGUUGCCGAGUUCUGAUACAGACAAAGCCAGACUUGAACACUUGCCAACCAGCCUGGCUCUCCAUCCAUGAUCUAUAUUGUGAGGUCAAAAGGUGAGUCUGCCCCAGCGCACUGGCUGGCUCAGAAACCCCAAGCAGGCGGUUCCUUUUAUGUCCUUGGGCGCCCUCCACAAAACACAUCUCUCUGUGUUAACACUGCCCCCAAGGUUCUGGAUGGUUCCCAACUUUCAUCUCUCAGAACACAGCUGCCUCUGUCAGGGACUAAGGUAAGUGUUGAGCGGUGCCAAUGACGUCACAGAGGUGUUAAUGGCUGAAGAUGUCUUAAUACACAUGGCCCCUUGGUAAGCUAUCUCUCAGGGGCUUUUGAUGCCUUAACCCAAAGAAGUGACUGAUGAUGAGAACUGGAGAAUUUGACAGUUCUGUGUUCAGAGUGCCAAGCACUGUGUCCAUCGCUGUGGGGACACUGUCCCUGACUUCAAGGACCAUAUUUCCAUUGAAGGCUCUAAGAUCUAAUCGUGUAGACAGGUGUCUGUACCCCCUAAGGGCACCGUAGCUGUGAGCUGGCUUUGAUGACACAGUGUGUUUGGAGCCCAAACAAACCAGAUUCCAGAUGACCCAGCUGCCCUGCCAAGGGUGCCUGUGAACAUUUCGGGGUUGCCAGUUUAAUCCUAAUAUGGGGAAGCAGCUGCUUCCCAGUCAUACGUGGGUAAAUCACCUGCCUCCAGCAGGCCAGACAAUGUGACAACUGCUUUCCUGAACAGGAAGCUGAGUGGGGAAGUCUGUGCACCCCCCAGAGUUCUCCAGGUGUCGGCUCAGCCAGACCAUCGUUCAUUCUGAGGCUUUUGAGAGGCAAGCCAGCGAGGGUCUCCCUGCGCUGUGUAUUUUUGCCCUGCCCACUUCUGCCUCCACUCUCUUUAAGAUGCCAAAUGUCCCCAAACAUACAAAGCCACAGCGGGUAACUUGGAAGCUCUGACAAGUGGCAUAGGAAACCACACAGCUGGUGCCUACAGCAGAACACUGACUCAGUCAGCUUGGAGGAGGCCGUCAGUCGGAGAUGAAGUUGUCAGAUGAUCUCUGAGGCGUCCGCUCCUGGCUUACAGAUGGUGGGCCACCUUCUUGCUGUGUACUCAUGUGCCCCUGAGACUUUUUUUUAUAUAUAUAUAUAUCCAAAUUACCUCUUAAAAGGACACCAGGGGCUGGGAUAGAACCCACAUAGUAGGGUGUUUGUCUAGCACACAUGAAGUCCUGGAUUUGACACCCCACCCACACACAACAGGACAUAAUCCAGGUGUGGCGGUACAUAUCUGUAACCCUAACACUUGAGAGAUAGAGGCAGAAGGGUCAGAAGUUCAGGGUCACUCUCACCUACAUAAUCUUAGUUUGAAACCAACCUGGGCUACGUGAGACUGUGUCUCAGAAAACUUAAAGACACUUGUGUAGAUUAAAGCUCAUUCCAAUAAACUCAAUGAUCACUAUUAAUAUAAUCAUUUAAGUACCCGUGUACAAAUAUAUUCACACUCUGAGGUACUGGAGAUUGGGAUCUCAGAGUACACAUUUGGGAGAGGGCACAGGUCAACCCCUAACACGCAGAUUGCUUUAGUAGCUUCUUGCUCCGUCGGUUUCGCAGACGGUGGAAGAGAAAGAUAAGAGAAGGCAAUUUUUGUCUCUUGGUUCAGUCAAUGACUCACCGUGACUCCUUGGGCAACCCCAUCUAUUCUGAGAAGCUCGGCUGAGAUUGUUUCCACGCCCGCUCUCCACACCCACAGCCACACCUCCAGAGACUGGGUCCACAUUGUUCUUGUACGCCAAUUUCCGAAUCCGCCUGUGAACUGAGAGCAGCUGGCGGGCUCCACUCCAUCGGCACCUUACAAUGGCCGUCAUUUGCUUUCAGUGUUGUUUGCAGGAGUCUAUCUGGAGACGGCUGAGUGGCAUUCAGAUGUUCUUGACUCCAAUUUUUGUCAAUGUUAUUAACACCUGCGAUGCACUUUUCUCUCUCUAAAACACUUCUCUGCCACUGCCAAGCUUGCUUUUGUACACACAAAGGGAAAAACAAUCUACUCCUAACUGCAAGCUGACCAUUGACCAUGGGAUUGUUAGAGCGGGCCAUCCCCAGCCUAAAACUGAGCUGUCAAGUCCAAGGGCAUUCCUGCCCUGGAAUGGGCCAUGUGCACUCACCCGAGCGAUAGUCUGGGCUCCUUUCUUCUCCCACGAGGGGAUGGGACACCAUCAUAAUUUCUUUUCCAUCUGUAAACUGAUUUCAGAAACUCUUCAUACUCUUUCUUUGAUCAAAAUAUUUGUAUCACAUGUGCAAGUGUAUAAACCCAACU